CGCGGCCGUGACGCGCGGACCUGGCCCGGCCGGGCCGGAACAGGGGCGGCGGCGGCGGCGGCGGCGGCGGCGGCAGGCCCGGCGCCGGGAUGGCGAUGUUCCGCAGCCUGGUGGCUUCGGCUCAGCAGCGGCAGCCGCCGGGCGGGCCGGCGGGCGGCGACAGCGGCCUGGAGGCGCAGUACAGCUGCCCGAUCUGCCUGGAGGUGUACCACCGGCCCGUGGCCAUCGGCAGCUGCGGCCACACGUUCUGCGGGGAGUGCCUCCAGCCCUGCCUCCAGGUACCGUCCCCCCUCUGCCCGCUGUGCCGCCUGCCCUUCGACCCCAAGAAGGUGGACAAGGCCGCCCAUGUGGAGAAGCAGCUCUCGUCCUACAAGGCGCCCUGCAGGGGCUGCAACAAGAAGGUGACAUUGGCCAAGAUGAGGGUGCACGUUUCCUCCUGCAUGAAGGUCCAGGAGCAAAUGGCCAACUGUCCCAAGUUCGUCCCCGUGGUGCCCACGUCUCAGCCCAUCCCCAGCGCCGUCCCCAACAGGUCCACCUUCACCUGCCCCUACUGUGGCGCCCGCAACCUGGACCAGCAGGAGCUGCUCAAGCACUGUGUGGACAACCACCGCAGCGACCCCAACCGCGUGGUGUGCCCCAUCUGCUCGGCGAUGCCCUGGGGGGACCCCAGCUACAAGAGCGCCAACUUCCUGCAGCACCUGCUGCACCGACACAAGUUCUCCUACGACACCUUUGUGGAUUACAGCAUCGACGAGGAAGCUGCCUUCCAGGCUGCCCUGGCCCUGUCUCUGUCCGAGAACUGAAGGCACAGCCCAGCCCCUGGACCUGAGCCCUCCCGCCUCAGGGCACGGGGCCGCGGCUGAGGGGGACAGGCCCAGCGCCUGCGUGGAAAUGCGCCUGUGGGACGAGCGGGUGGGACGAGCGGAGCCUCCUGUGUUGCAGGACAGACGUCCCCGAGCCCGCCAGGGGCCCUGCCGUCAGAGGGUGGCCACCAGUGCUCCUGGCCGAGCCUUGCUGGCUCCUCGGUGCUUCGGGCUGAGCAGGUGGCCCGCACGGGGCUGGCUCAUUGGGCCCGCGAGCGGUGGGCGGCCGGUCCGCCUCAAAGCCAUGCUGUCCUCCUCUCGGGCACAGAGACCCACUGUGCCCCGUCGGCGUCCCGCAGGCCUGGCUGCUGAGCAGGGGGCGCAGGGGAGCCUGGCCGCCGUCUCUCAGCGCUUCCAGUUCACGCACUCGGUACUGGCUUUUGUGAUACUUAGAAAUUCUGGCAUUUUUCUAUAUUAUCCAGUGUGAUAAUCUUUUCACAUUUUAUAGAGCAAAGACCGAGCAGUUACUCUUCAUAUUGCAAUACCCGUGUUUGACUAGGAACAAUAGUAUUUUUAUGGAACAUUUACAAAAUUAUAUUUUUUAAAAAAACAGUCAAAAAGCAACAGUUGUGGGAUCAGCGAGGGGGAAGGAAAGAGAGGCGUGGACACCAGAGGCAGCGCGCGCCCUGGGGCUUUGCUCAGACAGAUCCUGGCGCUGCUCUGCUGGGUCCCCCUUCCCAACUGCCAGGAAGAACCCCCAGGGCCCCUGGCCCCUCGCAGCGGCCGCCCCAGCAGUGCAGGCCUCCUCCCGCCAGGGCCCUGGCCCCCGCCCCACUGUCCCAUUCCCAGGUGGACCCCGAACCGUGUUGGUAGGCCACCCCCGGGGUGACAGGUGGGGUUGGAAGGCGCUGUCUUACUCUUUCGGUUCACGGCAUAAGUUAUUGCUCUUUUAAAAAAAAACUUCAAUAAAACAUUUCGAAGCAUCUAUA